UCUGGGUCCGCCCCGCUUUCACGCCCUUCUCCGGUAGGCUGUUUUUUUCUCCUUCCCCGUCUCCCGGCUGCAUCACCACCACCUCGCUUCUUCAGGCCGGGCCCUCAAGCCCCGAGAAUGACCCCAACAGCAGCAGCAACAACACCAACACCAGCAGUGAAAUCAGUCUCACUCCCCCCCUCCCUAUGCCCGGUGCACUUGCUCUCUUCCUCGCCCUCCGCCCUUUUUAUCCUCCCAAUCGUCCCCAUUGAGCGGGUCACCCCCUCAGAUGGUCAUCCCUCCAGUGGCUUCCCUGUCUGGGUUGCUUGCCGGUGAGCGCCCUACCGGGACGCCAUGUCUGGUGGCUCCUUCGCAAUCGGCCGACAGCUACUUCGACUGUCCUGCCUCCUGGGUGGAAACCCUUGAAGGCCUCCAAAGAAAGGGCGGAGUCGGGGCCCUGGUGGUCUUGCGCCUGGAGAUCGCGGCCCACGCCGGGCAGUCCACCCCCCGCGUGUCUUUUGUCCCCUGGAGCGGACGCGAGGCCUCGGCUCAUGUUGUUCGACGGGCGGAAGAGCAAUGGCGACAGGCGGAGGCCAGCCUGAUUGCCGCACCUCCCAGCUCGGAUCCCACCGGCAACAGUUCUUGGCCAAUGGGCCUACUGUCGGCGGCCCUGGCGUCGCUGGUGGCCCCGCUGGCCGAAAGCCCCGAGAGAUCCCCCUUGCCGGCCGUGGUCACGGUUGGUGCGCAUUUCGGCCGGUGUCUUGGAGGACCGCCAGGCACCGAGGAGGAUCCCGGCCCAUGGCGUGCGUCCGGGACCCUGCUGCUGAUCCCAGGCUCGAGCAAGGGCGGCGGAUCGGCCACGCCGGUGGCGGCCCGCAGCCUCCAUGUGCGCGCCCUGACUCCGGGCGACUGGACUCUAUUGGAUCAUUCGGCCGAGUUGGCCAGUCAGCGGCUGGUCGAGUGUGGACCGGUGGUUACUUUGUCCUCGGCAGGUGAGGAGGCGCUGCUGGCCGUGCCGGCAGUUCAUGGUCGUGGCGGCGGUGCGGCCUUCUUUCAGAUCGUCUCCUGCGAUCCCGAGGGCGUCCCUUUUGUGCGCCUGACCGGAAAUACCGAGCUUGUGGUAUCGCCGCCAGAUGGCCCGGCUCGCGGGGAGUCGGAUCCCGAGGCGGCGGCGGCGGCCGAGUCUGCGCCCGCAACCGUCCGUGCGGCGCCGCCGAAAUUUGACACCAUGCUGACCAAGCAUCUGGACCCGGUGCGGGCGGCUGUGGUGCAAGACCUGGCACUGGCGUUCGGGAUGUCCGAUGGGCCUCAUGUUUCUGGCACACUCAUAGGCAUUGACGGGCCAAAUGGCAAGACUGCCAUCUGCCACUGGGCACAGGCGUUGGUCAGUCGCCUAGAUGUGUUGUGUGCGACAGAGUUCCUAGACUGCCGGAGUCUGGCGCUUGCACCUCUGCCCCAGGCACCCGGGCCCACAUCCAAUGAUGGCGAGAUGCCAGGUCAUGAAGUCUUGUCGGCAGCGCUGCGUGUGCGGGCCGAGCUAUUUGGUGCCAUGAGUCGUUGCGUGGCCGCGGCCCUGGAUGGAAAGCAUGUUCUCUUGGUUCUCGAUAACUUGGAGAAGAUUUCGCCUCCCAACUUGCCGAUCACCGGGCAGGCUGAUGACCCGGGGGUCCCCCUGUCGUCUUCCGACGGGCGCCUCGUCGGCGAGUAUCUCAAAGAGUUGGUGCGCACCGCUCGAAGGGAUCUUUCCCGGGCCGACGCUCCAACUGGCCGGAUUCACAUCCUGGCAACGUGCGCCGGGCUCGGGUCCGUGGAGCCUGCACUCUCGCGUGAUGCGAUUGCCGGCGGGCCGGCGAUGUUCGCGCGGAAGGUGGCCGGCAUGUCGCCCGGGCGCGAGGAUCGACGUGUGCUCCUCCUCCAGGCCGCCGGGCUAUGUGUCUCCCAGGGUGAAGAUGAGUCACAAUCUCCGGGGCCGUUGGCUGGCGAUUGGUUCCAGGAGGCGGCCUUUCAGACGGAGGGGUUUUCCUGUCUCGACAUUGAGCAAGUGGUGCUGGCGGCUGGCAUUCCGCUUGGCGUCCCGUGCGAGUGCGCGCAGCCCGAACGUGCUGCCAUUUGCGGCUUGCCCCGUCGCGACAAGGGCCCCUGCCUUUCGGUGGCCGAGCGCCUGGUAGACGCUGCCCUCGGGGACUUUGUGCCGGUGGCCCGGCGCGCCACCGCGGAUGGCCCAUCAGCGGCUGGUGCCCAGGAUCGAAGGAAAGGGGACCUGGCCGACUGGUCGUCCUUCAUCGGGUCGGCGGAUGCGGUCAACGCCUUGCGAGAGUCCAUUGAGUGGCCCAUCCGAUACAGCCAUCUAUUCGGCGAAGAGGCAACCAGAAGGCGCUCGCCCGGUGUGCUGUUAUUUGGUCCCUCAGGAUCGGGGAAGACGGCUCUCGGCCUGUUGGCGGCUCGAAUGUCCCGUUUGCCGGUGGUCCAUGUGCCCGGGCCAUCAUCGGUGUUGGAUAAGUAUGUUGGCGGGUCGGAGCAGCGCGUGCGCGCCCUUUUCGCCCGGGCCCGGGCCAGCCGACCGUGCAUCCUCUUCUUCGAUGAGUUUGAGGCCAUCGCCCCCAGGCGUGGUGGGGCGGCAAGCGGCGGCGGCGGCGGCGGCGGCGGCGGCGAGGGCGGCGGGGCCGACAUCACCGACCGGGUGGUGAACGCCCUGUUGACCGAGUUGGAUGGAGUGGACGGAGGGCUGGAGGGGGUCUUCGUGAUGGCGGCCUCUUCGCGGCCCUGGUGCAUUGACCCAGCGCUAUUGAGACCCGGGCGCAUUGAGCGCCGUGCCGCGCUGGGACUGCCCUCUCUCGAGGAGGCGGCGGGCUUCCUGGCAUCGCGCGCCAUGGAGGCCGGGCUGCGCAUUGUGCCCGAGGAUGGUGCUGGCCAGGCCACCGGAAAGGGUGUGGACGCCGGUGUGGCUGUCAGGACCGACAGUCAAUCUGGUCCCUCGGAGGGUCAUUCGUGGCUCCCUGUGGCCGAGCUUUGCGCCGGGUGGUCCUGCCCCGAGUUGGAUGCCCUACUGAUGGAGUGCCGGAUGGCGGCACUGCGCCGGGUCUUCGAACACCAGCUGGAUCGAUCCUCCGGCGAGGGGGCUGGCCCUCCCCCGGGCCUGCAGGUUGGGGCGCCCUUUUUGGUGAGCAUGUCGGACUUGAGGACGGCCCAUCGGGCCGUGCGGCCGCAUGAGUCACUCCGGCGCCGGAAUCUCAUGGGCCGAGCUUUCGGGGCCUUCGCCGCGGGAGACGCCGAGCGCGCGGCCCGCAUUGAGCAAGUCCUGGGCCGCUUGCCAGAUGAGCGCUUGCCCCCGGCAGGGCCCCAUUUGGAUGCCCUGAUCCGGGCGCUUGACGGUUCCGGGGUGGGGGAAUUAUCCCUCGCCUGAAUUUGUCCCUUGGAGGGGCUGCCUGCGCUUGCUAAUGGCUUAGGGUCAUGUAUGUGGAAAAUAAAUCCCCCCACAGUCGUCA